AUGAUAUCAAAGUUAUCAAAUUUAUUACUAUUACAUAUUAUUUCAGAGAUUGAUGAUAAUAGAGAUUUAAUAUGCUUCUUAUUGACUUGUAAAAAGUUACUUUUCAAUAAUGCUUUGAAAAGAUUGAUUACAUUCAAAGAUGUUAACUCGAGAGUUAUCAAUGACAGGGGAGAGAUAUCACAAGCGUUCACGGAAACAUCUACUCGAUUCAAUCUAGGUUCUUUUAAAGAUAUAUUGGAGAAUAGUGUAUCGGAUCAACAUGUCAUAAUACCUGUUGACAAUAAGAUAGACACUCGCUAUCCAACUUGGAUACAAGACAGAAUCUAUUAUGCAAACAACAGCAGACGAGACAAGACAAACAUUACAACAGCUUUGUUGAUGGAUUGUAGACCACAAUAUUUAGAGUCUAUCUAUGAUAUGUCAUCACUAGAGACACUGUUCAUUGACUACACGAAUCAAGAUGUAGAUUAUGAAGAAAAAGCAGUGGAUCUUGGUUCUAUUGCUCGGUUUACAUAUCUACAAAGACUUUCAGUUAAUGUACACAAAUUGACAUCACUUGGUCCACACCCAUCAUUAACGGAUCUCAAACUAUCUUUUGGUGAACCAUAUCCACUCUCUUACUUGGAGCUCACCAAAUUCAUUUACUUGAACGAUAGUGAGGAUAGGGAGGAAGAAGAAGAGGAAGAGGAAGAGGAAGAGGAAGCACAACCAAACAACAUCAUCAAUCUCGAGGAGGACAAAUGUGAUAGUAACAAUAUUCAAGAUAUUGAAGUGCCGACAUUUAACAGUCUAUACAAUCUUGAAACUCUCAACCUGUCCAAUUUCGAUGGAGACUAUACGAUAGACGUACCACCAACCACCAAAUUGGAUACAGACAAUUCAAAUGUAUUGAUUUUGGAAAAAGAUAAACUUACUGAAAAAGCAGUGGAUCUUGGUUCUAUUGCUCGGUUUACACAUCUCCAAAGACUUUGGGUUAAUGUACACAAAUUGACAUCACUUGGUCCACACCCAUCAUUAACGGAACUCAAUCUAUCUUUUGAAGAACCAUAUUCACUCUCUGACUUGGAACUCACCAAAUUCGUAUCACUCACCGAAUUAAUAAUCAAGGCAUAUCAUAGUAAGGAGGAAGAGGAGAAUAAAUGUAUCGAUCUAGAGUCUCUACCCAACCUCGAGCAAUUAGAUAUCAGGGACUUCUUUUUCAAAACGAAAUACAAGAGCCAUGCCAUCAGAGUGCCUCCCUCACUCAAGAUACUUAGAUUUUAUUCGCCAAGGGCUCUAAUCCCAUCCGAAUGUACCAUGCCACUGUUGGAAAAGCUGUACGUCGGAUUGAGGACGUUGACACAAGGAGGGAUCAGUUUGUUGUCAUCACCAUUGAUCAAGAAACUUUGUUUUUACCAUUGCGACGAUAUCAUUCCAGCCAAUCUCAUACCAACCAGCGUUGAAAGGCUAAAGAUUGAAAUUACGAGCAAUCAAGAUAUACUUGGACAAGUUGUGCUUUCCCCAUCGGUCACUCAUCUAACUAUCAUGGGAAGUGAUAAUAACGAUAUACAAGAUGUUCAAGAGUUAAUAUUUGACAGUCCACCCAAUCUUGAAACUCUUGACCUGACCCUUAUCAAUGGAGACUAUACGAUAGACGUACCACCAACCACCAAUUCAAAGUUAUCUAAAACCUUCAUAAAUGAUCAACAACAACCAUAUCAAUGGUUUCCACAUAAUACUACUCAUCUAAUUUGUCAACUAAAUGAUAACAUAGAUGGAGUGUUUAGAUUGGAUGAAGUGAUAAACUACACCAAUGUUAGAUAUUUAACUCUCACAUCUCAAAGUAAAACCUUUCAGUUAUCUAUUCAAAGAUUGGAUGCAGACAAUUCAAAUUUAUAA